CACACUGUGAUUAUUAUUUUUUUCUUGUAGCCGAUUUAUUGUUUUGAUUUUGGUUAAUUAAUUGCCAGCAAUCAGCUUAAAUUGUGUGUUAACUAGAAAGGCAACUGGGCAGUCACAAUAUGGAGGCGGUGCCGCGUUUGCAUAUGCUGUGGUUCGCCCUGAAAUCGAGUCCCGAGGGAACCUCCUUUGCGGCUUUGAAGAAGUACAUUGCUGAAUUCUACCAUGAAGACCCCGAGGCGUACUCCAAGGAGGUCCAUGCCCUGGAGACCCUUCGCAACCAGGCCAUGCGCACCACCAAGGACGGGGCGCCGGUGAUGAAGCGCUACUACUGCCAGCUGCACGCCCUCCAGAAUCGAUUUCCCCAGCUGGCGGAUCGGGGGAUCUUCACCUUCACGUGGAAGGAUCUCUAUCACAGCGCCGUUCACGAGGUCAGCGACCUGCGAUUCGAGCGGGCGGCAGUGCUGUUCAACAUUGCCGCAUCGCACACACAAUCGGGAGCCUCGGUGACCCGCGGCGAUGUGGACGGCAUGAAGAUGGCCUGCACACAUUUCCAGGCGGCAGCUUGGGCCUAUGGAGAGCUGCGGGAACGCUAUGCGAAUGUCAAUAGUGGCGGGGAUUUCAUGACCCCGGAGCUGCUGGUGUUCCAGCAACAGGUGUGCUUUGCUCAAGCCCAGGAAUGCAUUCUGGAGAAGUCCCUCAUUGAUAACAGGAAGCCACACAUUGUGGCCAAGGUUACGGCGCAGAUUGUGGUCUACUAUGGAGCUGCACUGGCUGCUCUGCUCACCGGAGGAGAUGAGGGUCCAGUGGCCCAGGUCAUCGAUAGCUCUGUUUACAAGUUGUGGAAGAAGUACGUUCGCUUUAAGAUCAACUAUCUCAACUGCAUCUUGUACCUGUACCAAGGACAGCAUUCCGAGGAGAAGCGGCAGAUGGGCGAAAGGGUGACUCUCUACCAGGCCUCUUGGGACAAACUGGAGGAGGCAAGGAAAGAGUCCAAGGGUCUGCCCGAUCAGCGUGAGAUCAACGAAUCCCUCAGCUUCACCGCUGAUGUUGUCGAGGCCAAGCGCAAGAAUGCCAAAAACGAGAACGAGUUCAUUUACCACGAGUCUGUGCCGGAACUCUCCACCAUUGCAGCGGUCCAGGGUGCCAAUCUGGUCAACGGGAUUGGCUUUCAAGUAACCGACGAGGAGCACGCGGGACCGGAUUUAUUUGCCAGACUGGUGCCCAUGAAGGCCCACGAGGCCAGUUCGCUGUACAGCGAGGAGAAGGCAAAACUGCUGCGAAAGUACGGAGCCCUGCUGGAGGAGAAGGACACCCAACUGGAGGCCUACAUGAGCUCGCUCACCCUGGAUAACUUGAAUAUCAACGAGGAGCAGGCCAAUAAGUUGCCCCAGGGCAUCGUCGAUCGCUGUGCCGCCUUGAAUGCCAACAAAACGGCUAUAAGCGAUCUUGUAGAGGCCAUGUCCCAGCUGGCUGAGAUUACAGCCGAUGUGGAGACGAAUCUGGCAGAGAUAUCGCAGAUGUUGGAGGCGGAAUCCAAAGCGGAGCGGGAAUUCCAGUCCGCCAGCGGCGUUCAGCGCACUCCAAAUGCUCAUAUAACCGAGUUAACCCGAGAGUUUCAGAAGUACAGUGAAGCUCAUGCCCGAGCGGGCGAAUCCAAUAAUACCCUACGAAAAGCCAUGAGCCUGCAUGUGAAUAACCUGAAAAUCCUGGCCAGACCCUUGCCUGAAAUCCAACAACUGAUGCCCAAACUGAGUUCAGAGCUGAAUACUACCGAAAUCUUCAGGGACGUGAAGCUCAUCCUGAAUAAAGUCAACGAAAUGAAGGCCCAACGCGCUCAGUUUCAUGCGGACUUGCGGAUAGCCAUUAAUGAGGAUGAUAUUACUGGCAAAGUGAUUGCCCAUGGUGGGCAGGAGGGUCUCCAGGCUUUGUUCGCCACCGAACUGGGAAAGCACGAUAAGCUCACCGAACUGCUGGAUCAGAAUAUGGUGGCUCAGGCGAAUAUUCUGCAGGCUCUAACUGAAAACUAUGCCAAGGCGGCACCAGUUUUGAAGACCCUGCAGGACGUAAAGCAGAAACGGGAGCACUUUUACAGUUCUCUGGCGGCCUCCUAUGACGUUUACGAGGAUCUGCUGGCCAAAUCCGCCAAAGGUUUGGAAUUCUACAAGAAACUGGCCGGAAAUGUGCAGAAGCUUCUCACGCGAUACAGAUCCGCCAGGGAUGUUCAAUCCGAAGAGCGCCAGCAAAGAAUGCAGAGUGUAAAAGCGGCGGCGGUGGUGCCUCCAGUUUCCAGUAAACCCACUGCGGAAGCAGCUCCUCUGCCCGCAGUUAGUAGCACUCCCAAACUGAGGGAUUAUCUCAAGGCCAAGGCAGCGAUGGCGGAUGCCUCGAAUCCCACAACUGCCGGCUAUUUGCCCACAGUGCGUCCGGUGCCGGUGGGCUCGGAGAAUCCCACCCAGGCCGCUUGUUCCUAUGCCACCGCGCCGCCGAAUGAGCCACCUCCACCGUACAGCCUCACACAGCAGCAGUAUUUCGAUCCCAGUGCCGCUGGCUACACGAAUCCCAUGUAUCAGCAGCAGCAGCAGCACAUUGCUCCUCCGGCCUACAAGGCUCAGGCAUCGCCGAAUUCGCAGACCCUGCACGGAGCAAUGGCUCAGAUGAAUCUGCAGGCGCAGGCGCAGGACAGCAACCAAGCGAGCUUGGGAUACAGUUACGGAUAUCCAAGUGGUGCAGUGCCGCCUCUGGCCUAUGCGCCACCUGGAACAGCACCAGCAAGCUCGGCUUCCCAGGGAUUCAACGUCCAGCAACCGUUGUACGUGGCUACUUCGGGCAAUCCCCAUCCUGUUUCGAAUCCCAGUGAUGUGCCCUCCUCCCUGCAGGCGCCUUAUGUGGUCAAUCAAAUGGCUAAUACUUACCAAACAGCGGCUGGAUAUUCAGGACAGGCUUAUCAACAGGUGACUGCUCAAAAUCAACAGGCAGCCUCUGGCUAUCAACAGUCUUUGGGCUAUGCGCCAAACCAGACGGCGCAGCAGCAGCAGCCUGCGGGAUAUCCGCAAUCCCAAACACCACAGCAACAGAGUGGAGGUUAUUCCCAGCAGCCACCAACAGGAUAUUCCCAAUCUUUGACGCCUCAGCAAGCCCCAGGAUAUCCCCAGCAACAGCAACAGAUCGCCGGUUAUUCCCAGUAUCAGCAAUCCGCGGGAAUUACACAGCCGCAGACACCUCACCAACAACAUACGGGUUAUCCGCAGACACCACAGCAACAGGCAACAGGAUAUCCCCAAUCUCAGACACCUCAACAACAGCCAGCAGGAUAUCCCCAAUCUCAGACACCCCAGCAACAGCCAGCAGGAUAUCCGCAAUCCCAGACACCUCAACAACCACUGGCAUAUCAGCAGCAACCAUCGGGCUAUCCACCACAGCAACAACCUUCACUGUAUCCCUCGCAGGCUGUCCAAGCAUCGCCUCAAUCCAUUCCUGGCCAGCAGACCACGUCACAGAUUCCUGUGCCGUAUCCUCAGCAAUACAGUGAUGCCAAUGCUACUCCGGCUCCAGCUUCUGGUGUUUCUCCUGUUCCGAGUGCUGCUCCACCCACUUCAUCUCAAGCUUCAGCUGUUACAUCUCCUCAGCCCUCAGCCACCUACACCAGCUAUUCCAACCAUCCUGGCUACAGCUUUAAUCCGCAGACGGGUGUAUACGAGUACAGCAGUGGCUAUCAGCAGGACAGCAGCUCCUUGAAGGGAUCCCAGGCAUCUCAGGGCUACCAGUUCAGCCAGAGUGGCAAGCAGCAGUCGGUAGGAACCACAGACUCGGAGAACGCCAAUCGCAGCAGUUCGGCCACGGGAUUCAAUUCACCCAUCGUGUCGCACACCAAGGCUAAUCUGCCGGCCCAGGAAACCAUUUCAUCGGAAGAGGGCAAGGAGUCGUCCAACUACUACUCGGCUCCUUACGGCUACCAUGGCAGUCUAACACCCCAGCCGCAGCAGCAACAUCAGCCCACUCCCACGCCUCCAACGAACGGCACGGGCUCCAUUUACAUGCAGAGUGGGGCGAGCAGCACUGCCCAGACGCAAACAACCACCAGUGGACCACCCUACACCUCCUCCACGGCUUCAGCCAAGCCGGAACCCAAGACGGAGGUGGUGGCUCCCAAGGUAACCAGCAAUGUGGAUCUGCUUAGCGACCUGGACAUCGACUGCUCUGUGGCUGUACCGCCGCCAAUGUUGCCGCUGCCCGUGCUGCAGCCCCAGGUGGUGGCUACUCCCACGCCCCCCGGAAGUCAGGUGUCGGCACCUGUUAAAGCCGAAAGUGUUGUGGAGCCCACUGCACCCAAAACGCCUGAUAUUCCUCCAGUGGCCGUCGAAGAAAUAUCUUCAACUCCAGUUUCUAUACCAGCAGCUCCCAGGUGCACCAGUCUGGAUAACCUGUCCAACUGUUCUGACCUAAGUUCGCUGGAGAACUUCGAUUGGGACUCGGUCUCGCUUACACAUUCCGCCACUGAAACUCAGCCAAAGCCAGCUGCUGCCAAUGGCCAUUCGAACAAUUUUGCAUUCCAAGUCGAAACAUUUACCGAUGAGAAGACGACGAAAUAUUUCCAAAAAGAGGUGGAGAGCUACGAAAAGUUGCUGGAAAAUCUUCACGUGAAAAUGCUGAACGGGAAAACCCAACUAGGAGCCAAAUGGCAGGAGUUGCAGCAGAAGCUGGACAAAGAAGCGAGUGCCAACAAGCGAUCCACCACCAUUGCAAAAUUGUUCCCUGAGAAGAAUCGAUCGCUGGACUGCCUGCCCUACGAUCAUGCUAGAGUGAAACUGGACAAGCAGACAGAUGACUACAUAAAUGCAGCCUACAUGAAGAACUUGAGUGCCGGCUGUCCCAAUUUCAUCGUUGCUCAGACACCACAGGCGAAUACUAUUAACGAUUUCUGGUCGAUGAUAUGGUCAGAAAAGUCACGAACUGUGGUUUGUCUGCAUACCACAAACGAGCUUUUUGAUCCCUACUGGCCUCAGUCACUGGAUCAGCCCACUCACUACGAUGAUUACACCGUGACCUGUGUGAAAAUACAGCAACUGAGUCACUGUUCCGAGUACCAACUCAAAUUAUCCAUGCAUGGGGCAGAUGCCGUGUUGGAUUUAUCUCUUCUGCAGCUAAAACAGUGGACCAAGGGAGCACCCGCUCAACUUUUGGGAGUGGCUCAAAAUGCCCUGGAGACCCAUCGAGCGCGUUGCCAGGCGGCUAAUGCACCCAAUUCCCCGCUCAUUAUGAAUUGUUUAACGGGCUCAGAGCGUUCCGAACUAGUGGCCAUUGGUGUAUGUGCUAUCAUAGCCACCCAAAACAAGCAGCCAAUUCUGAUUAAUACGGUUGAUGUUUGGUCGCGCAUUUGUGUGCAGCGUCAAAAUUCCCUAAGGGAUUCAGCCAUCCUGGAACAGUCCAUGCAAAUUGUGCUUUGCAAUGCUCACAAUGUGCUUAACAAGCGUGGCAUAAUGACCUCAUAUCAAAUGAAGAUGGCUCCGCAGGUGACUGCCAAGGAGCAGCAGGAGACCAAGGAUCCGCUUAACGAAUUGGAUGCACUUUGGAAGCUGAAAUAAAGGACUGAACCAACCAAUAGCGGCAAAUAACUAAAGAUAUAUGACUAAUCAAAUCGAGUAUUUAUACAACUAUUUAAUUGUGCAAACCAAUUUCCAACGAUCUGACAUUGUUGCAAACAAUUUAAGGCAAGAGAAAAGUAUUUAAAGGGAUAUCGAAAUCAUUUUCUAAUCUAUAUUCGUAAUCGUCUCCUUCAACUGUUAUAUAAAGUGUAUUUCGAAGCGAACCAAAUCGUGAUGUUAAUGGGAUAUUGUCAAGCGUUUCAAACCACUCUAUACGAGUAUAUUAUAUAUCAAUAACAUAUUUAAUAAAAUACAUAACAAAUCAAAAGCA